ACGAACUUUUCUGAGGUCCACUUCCACUUUAUGCUGAGACCCUCGUUCUGAACAGAUGUAACUCCAGCAACAAUAAAGUUUAUUCAGGAUGAGGACUGUUUAUCUGAGAAUGCUGCUCUUAUUCCAAAGCGCUGUUUCCUCCUUAACGGAGUUCAGCGUUAAAGGAGAGAUCAGGAACUUUGCUGUUGGAAACGGGAAAGUGUUCGUCGUCACCGACUCUCAGCUCCUCCAGAUGAGGCUCGAUCUAGUAGAGGAGAAACACAAGGACAUAUCUAACCACACACAUCACCAAGUUAAUAUUUUACUGCCUUUCGACGCGAAUAAGACCCUGAUAACCUGCGGAACCUCUGACUGUGGAUACUGUGAACUCCUGGACAUCAAUGACAUCAGCAGAAGUCUCUACAGGGAGGAUGUUACAGUCGGACCAUCUGUUAAUAAAUCAUCUGUUUCCUUUAUUGUAGAUUUUGAUGAAGGAAACGGAACUUAUAUGUUGGUUGCCAGAGAGAAGGUUCCUGAUCAUUGUGACUCUGUUGGUGGAGUGUCUCUGCGGAACACUCUGGACUCUCAGAUAGGAGGAAUUUUCUCUAAAGCAGCCUCUUCAAACGAAGCCAGCAUUUCUCCACAGAGUGAUGCUGAGUGGAUCGACGGCUUCCAAUCAUCUCCUCCCUCUCACUCGUACCUGCUGAUGAACGUUAAGUCUGGAACAGGUCCAGCUGUGGUGGUCUUAAGGAUGAAGAACAGCCGCAGUAAAACAGAAAUGACCAGAUCUCUACAAGGUGCAGUGCUACAGUGCUGUGAUGAUAAAGACCGUAAAAAGCUCUUAUCCUCCUCUGCAGUUCUCUCCUCUGGAUCUCCUCUUCUCUGGGCGGGAAUAUUCACUGCGCAAGAAGCGCACGACCCCCAGAACACUGCUUUGGCCAUUUACGACCUCAGUCAGAUCAGAGACCGAGUACCUUCAUAUUUCAGCUGUAAACCACAGUGCACAGCUCAGAAAGGAGAUCAUGCUCUGAGUCCUCGUGCUGUGGUGCUCAAACACAGUUCAAUGUCAUCUGUAGCAGCAGAAAAGAGAGGAUCCUGGAUUGAGCUCUACAUCGGAACUGCAAAUGGACAACUGAUGAAGAUUGUGCUGGACAAGGCUUUGAAUUCUGGCUGUGUGACGGUGCUGUACAAAUCUACUGAUGACAGGAUGGUGUUUCCCAGAAUGCACUUUGACCCAGUGGAUCAUAAGUACAUCUACAUAGCUUUGAGAAAUCAAAUCAGGCGGGUAGCAGUGACUCAGUGUGGUCUGUACAGCACUUUGAGAGACUGCAGAGCUUCUCAGGAUCCGUCCUGUGGCUGGUGUCUGACUACAAACGAAUGCUCUAUCCAAGAUGAGUGUUCAAACUCUAUUUGGAUCUCCAUUCCUGAAGACUCUUUUCAAGAAGAGCUGAUUUCUUUUCAUGUGAAUAAAGUCUCCACCAAGGUCAUUCUGAAUCUUUACCUGAAUGUGGAGGUCACACACAGCCCUUCUUCAACAUGUACCUUUAAGACAGGAGAUAGGAAUCUGUGUGACAGCUCUACUGUAGCCUUUCCCAACUGCUCCUGCACUUUCUCCAGCCAGCACCUGCCUCCUGAUGGACUCAGAGUCACAGCGACUGUCACUAUUGGAGAUCAGAGAAUCACAGAGAGUCUGAAACUGAGGAGCUGUCCAGACAUCACAGAGACAUCAUCAUAUGAUAAGUGUGCAGCGUGUAUCUCGGCUGGGUGUCAGUGGUCUCCCAGUAAUCAGAUGUGCAGUUGGUCUCAAGAGUCUGCACCACAGGUACACACACAGGAUACUUGUAAAGAAUUACUUUCUGAGAAGGACACACCAGAGAUUUUCUCCCUGGAGCCUAAUCAGGUCUCCUUUCACGGCAAAAACAAUGCAGUGCUAAAAGGAAGAAACCUGGAAUUGGUCAAGAAAAUCCAUUUUCAGGGAGUCAUGGAGUGCACUUCAAAGGAGACUCCAGUGUUGGAGCGCUCCACUGACACUCUGAAGUUCAGUAUUCCGAGUGGGAAUAAAGGAACUGUGAGGGUGUGUGUGGUGACAGAAGACGGCCAUUGCCACGGUAAUGCUGCAAUCACUUAUGGCUCCCAGCCCACCUGUACUGGACUGCAGCCUAGAAACACCUGGACCAGUGGUUGGAGGAAGAUCCACGUGUUGGGAAACAAUCUGGAGUUUGUGGAUGAAGUUACUGUUCAUUCAUCUCUCAAACUGAUCACCCUCAACUCAAACAAGACCUUUUGGUUCCACACUCUUAAUCAGAGAGAAUACAUGGACUCUGGGCCGUUCAGUGUCUCUCUCAGAGUGGGAAACUCAAAAGUGGAGUGUGCAGAUAAACUGCUUUACCUCCCAGAUCCAGAAUUCACCAGCUUCUCCACCUCUAAAGUGGACAGUGAUGUGCUGGUCACCAUACAGAAAACAGAAGACAUGCUCAGUAUCAGUAAAGAAGAUGUGAUAGUGUGGGGGCUGCAGGAAGAGAAGCAGUUUGAGUGUGUGAUUGAUGUGAUUAAGUUUACUGCUCUCACCUGUGGAAUUGUGGGAGAAAAGGGACGAGAAAUCAGAGUGGACUCAAUCAAGAUCAUUGUUGGCAAUUUUACCAAACUUAUAGAGAUGACACAGCAUGGCACAGGGUAUUUAUAUGCACUUGUUGCAGUGGGCAUUUUGAUUCUUCUUGGUGCUGUUGCUGGAUUCUUAUUUAUCAAGUCAAGAAAUCGAUGACUUCAGACUCAACUUGACAAAAUCAAAAUGGCUUUUGGAUUUUAACACCAGUGACUUGAACCCAUAGUCAUUGGUCAGAAACAGCAUAAUAGGGUGCAAACAGGUGGACCAGAGCCUAUAUGUCCAGAUCUAUAUGAGUUUAUAAUUGCAUGCUUGUAAAAAGCAAGAUAUUUUAUUGUUUGUGUUUAGCCCAGGGGUCAGCAACCCAAAGAGCCAUUUUGUCAAUUUCAUAAAAAUCAAACCACCUUGGGAACCACAGUAUUUUAUGUCUCUUCACAAUCUUGGCUGUAAAUAUGUCUCUGUAUGUGCCAAUGUACUAGUAUAUUCUAAAAACACAGGAAAACACAGACUUACUUCUUUAAGCUUUAGCUCAGCUGUAGUCGCUUUUCUCGCAUC